UUAUUUUCCAGAACCCGGCGCCUUAAUUUCUGCUGGACGGACUUUAGCGAGGCAGCAGCGGCCAGUCUAUUCGAACGGUUGCCGUAUCUCGAAAGCGUCAACCUGGGUGCCAACCGAAACCGGGUGGUUGGUGCAAAUACGGCUGCAAUCAAAAGCCUGACAGAGCAUUGCAUAUACAUCAAGGAGCUCACGGUAUCGCUACAGCAGAUCAGCGAAUCUGUGCUUUGCGAAACCAUAGCUCAUUACGGACCCCAGCUCCAUAAACUAUCCAUCCGUUGUGACGGCAGAGAAACUUUGAAAUCCGUAGCCCAGCAUGCAACCCAUGUUAAAAAUUUGACUAUCCGCGCUGCUGAAGAGGACCACGGCAGCAUUGUUGGGAUUUUACAACGGUGUAGAGAGUUGGUGCAUUUGGAAAUGGUAUCGUGGAUGGUACAGGACGUGCCAACAGUUGUG